AGCCAAAAAAAUAAAAUACCAUCUCUUCUUCUCUUCUCUCUUAUGAUAUCCUUCACUUAAAUCGUCGAAUCAAUCAUGGGGCUCUCAGCUAUUCUCUUUGUAGCUUCAAUCUUGCUUUCCUCCUUCGCCUUGAGUUGCUAUGCUAGCGGAACCUUCUCUGCUUUAGAAAAAUCUCUUCUUGUCACAUCAUCGCCUAAAGCCGGGCACGUCCUAAAAGCCGGGGAGGCGAACAUCACAGUGACAUGGUCUUUCAACAAAACCUUCCAAGCUGGAACAGAUUCGACAUACAAGACCGUCAAGGUAAAGCUCUGCUACGCUCCCAUAAGCCAAGAAGAUCGUGCAUGGCGCAAAACAAAAGACGAGCUUAAGAAGGACAGAACAUGCCAACACAAGAUUGUGUCAAGGCCAUACAGUCCCUCAACAAAUACCUUCACUUGGACUAUAGAAAGAGACAUCCCCUCAGCAACAUACUUUGUAAGGGCUUAUGUUUUCGACGCAGAGGAUAAAGAAGUUGCCUAUGGCCAAGCCACUGAUGCCGCGAAAAAGAGUCAUUUGUUCGAGGUAGAGGCCAUCACAGGCCGCCAUGCGUCCCUCGAUGUUGCAUCCGUGUGUUUCUCUGUUUUUGCCAUUGUUUCUUUGGCUGGUUUCUUCUACUUGGAGAAAAGAAAGGCAGGAAGUUCCAUGCAAAAGUGAGGAAAUGGUGCUUCAAGAAAUUUACAUGUUUUUGUUCUUUAACAUAUUGGUGUCACAUUAUGCCCUCAAUUCUAUUUUUAAAUUACUGAUAAAGAGAUCUUUUAUUUAUGCC